AUGCCGGACUCCUCGAAGACAGUCCAAGACCCGGAGAAGAACGGCGGACAAGCACAGGACCGGCCAAGCACUCCAUCCACCCCGUCGCCUCCUUCCUCGCCUGCCCCGAUCGAGGAUGAAUUUAGCCGCUUCUCCAGCGGUCGUAAGGUCCUUAUGGUCGUGAUCCUCGCGUGGACAGGUCUACUCUCUCCGAUUUCGAGUACAUCGGUCCUUUCGGCCAUCCCCAAUGUCGCCGAGUCGUAUAAUGUCUCGGGCUCAGUAAUCGGUCUGAGCAAUGCGCUGUACCUCGUCUUUAUGGCAUUGAGCCCGUGCUUCUGGGGCCCGUGGUGCCAGACGCUGGGGAGACGGCUGUCGUGCCUGACGAGCUUGACGAUAUACCUCGGCUGCUCCAUCGGCACAGCGCUCAGCCCGAAUAUCGCCGCUUUCAUGGUCUUCCGCAUGCUCACUGCCUUUGUCGGCACAGCCGUCCUUGUGAUUGGGCCCGUGGCCAUCCGCGAUCUAUACGCGCCGCUCGAGCGAGCAACAGCGAUCAGCUGGUUCUACACCGGCACCCUCCUCGGCCAAUGUCUCGGCCCCCUCAUCGCCGGUGCAAUCGUCACAUACACAACCUGGCGCGUCAUCUUCUGGCUGCAGACGGGGCUCGGCGCAGUCGCGCUCCUUGGCGUCUUCUUCGGGCUCCCCGAGACCAUAAACCCCAACUCACCACGGCCCCUCAAGGGGCUCACCCGCUCCGGAAAGAUCAGGGUACUGAUAGCAAUGACAAACCCCUGGCGCGUGCUCACCCCCUUCAAAUACCCCAGUCUCCUCGUAACGGCCUUUGCGAGCGGCUCACUAGUCUGGAACCAAUACGGCCUGUUCACGCCGAUCCGCUACGUGCUGAACCCGCGGUUCGACCUCGAGACACCCCUCCAAUCAGGCCUCCUCUUCCUCGCCCCCGGCCUCGGAUACAUCGUAGGCGCAUUCGGCGGAGGCCGCUGGGCCGACUACGUCGCCCGCCGCUACUUUGCCCGUCGCGGCGGGAUCUUCGUAGCCGAGGACCGCCUCUACGCCGCCGUCGCCUUUAUGCUCGUCAUCAUCCCUACAAGCAUGUUUAUCUACGGGUGGUCCGUGGAAAAGGAAUUCGGCGGGUUACCGCUCCCCAUCGUGUUCAUGUUUGUCCAGGGCGUCGCGCAGAUGUUCUGCUUCCCGAGCCUGAAUACGUACUGUCUGGAUGUGAUGCCCGAUCGCAGUGCGGAGCUCAUUGCGGGCAACUUUUUCAUCAGGUAUAUAUUUGGUGCUGUCGCAAGUGCGACGGCGAUUCCGGCGGCCGAGACGAUUGGCGUUGGUUGGUUUAAUACCAUCUCGGGGAUCUUGAUUCUUCUGGCGGGCGUGGGCAUUUGGGCGGCGGCGCGGUGGGGACGUGUCAAGGCUGUGCCGUAGAGUUAGUAAUCAAGGAAAGGUGGAAGCUUGUCAGUUUGAAUAGUGAGAUCAUGGAGAGAGUGCAUGAGAUGGGUCGUCCAUGAAGUAUACGGCAGAUUCGUGGGGACUCGGUAAUGGUCGAUCAUUGGUUCCAGGUCAAGGUAUCAUGAUUUGUCUUCUUCGGCACUGUUAGUUUCAGUUUGAUAAAUACCCUCUGAUAGAUAGAUAUAGAAUGGCAUUCCGGUGAGACCGCGUGCAAGGAUACAGCCUCGAUCCUUUUGGGAGCUAAGCUCGAACGUUUGGCCUAUUACGGGCACUGUCCAGAGAACACUCAGGACCGGUCCAUGGGCAUGAGCUUGCACGUGAAUCUGUGCAUCCUGUUCCUGGAUCAAGGUAGCUUACGCUCAGGGACGAGUAUGUCGGGGUGUACAAAACCUGUCGCUCGGAGAGUUUCCCCAGGUAUGGUACCCGGUGUGUAUAACGUCGAAUUCUUGUCGAGUCGGAUAGAACGGACGAUAAAAUGCGCUCUGUCGCACUUGUUGGGCGCCGC